AUGGCGCCCCCGGCCCUGUCCCCCCUGCUCGCCCUGGCGCUCAUCGCCUCCGCCUCCGCCCAGUACUUAACCCCCUCCGACCUCCCCACCGACCCCGCGCCCAACCCCAUCGUCCUGGGCCACUGGUUCGUCAUCCCUGCGGCCGAUUUCGAAGGCCUGCGCACGCUGAACCCCUUCCUCACCGACGAGCAGCUGGCCAACGUCAAAUCGGGCGCCGAGUGCGACACGAGGGCGGACGAAGACUACUGCUCGGAGCUGCCCGCAUUCUUCUCCGGCCUCGGCCUCUCCGCGCUUGCCGACGACGGCAUUCGUCUCAUGGGCGUCACGGACAACGGCCCAUUUGGCACCUGCCCGGCUCCCGCCGAGGAUGAGCCCCCGCUGCCCGCGGGCGUGCGCCAGAGCGCCUAUUUCGUGCCCGCUUUUGCGCCCACGAUUUCGGAGUUCAGGAUUGAUCAGGAGGCGGGGGGAAUGGCGCUGGAGAAGACGUGCUUCUUCAAGGGGCCGGACGGCGAGCCGUUGAACGGGCUGCCGAACACGGACAGGGACGACGUGCCCAUGGAGGCGGGCUGCGAGACGGAAAUUGACAGGUCUCCCAAUGGGAUCGACCCGGAGGACAUCCACAGGAUUCCUGGAACGGAUCUGUGCCUGGGCGGCGAUGAGUACAGCCCUUCGGCCAUAGUCUUCAACUGCAAUUUUGAAUCGGAGGACUGUGGCACGGUGAUGAUUCGAUAUGUACCUGAGGGGUUGGAGCUGCCCGGCGCAUCCUAUGAGGUACGCUCCAAUCUGCCGAGUGCCAUCCUCAACCGCAGGAAGGGGAGAGGCAUCGAGAGCGCUGCAGUGUCACCGGACGGGAAGUCCGCAUACUUGCUGCUGCAGAGUGCCAUGGGCCCCAACAAGAACGCCACCAGCGAACUGUCCCACACCAUCCACGUAGUGAAGCUGGACAUCACCAACCCCAUGGAUGCCAAGGUCGCUGGUCUUUUCCUAUACAUCGCUGAGGACAUCGAUCUGUGGGUCGGGACGGAGAAGCCCGCUGACACAAAGAUCAGCGCCGCCUUUUGGGCAUCGGAGUUCGUGGACAGCGACAACGAUGUCUUGGUUGUGCUGGAGAGGUCCGUCAAGCAGGUCAAACUCUUCCUUGCGGAUUUCACCAACGCCACUGACGUCGUGGACAGCCCCAUGAACACCAAUCUCACUUUUGACAACCUUGGCCUGUUCGACGAGACCCUGUCGAAGCUGGAAGGCUUCGGCAUCAGCCCCGCCAAGAAAGCGAUCUUCCUGGACACGGGCAACGUCACGGAGCCCCUGAUUGAGGGCUGGGACAGCACCGACAAGCAGGAGGGCGUCGUGCUGCUCAACAAGUGCGUUGUGGCGAUGGCCAAUGACAACGACUUCGGCGAGGGCCUUUCUGAGGCCUCCAGUGUCACCGUCGUUCACUUGGACACGUGUGUGGAUGAAGUGUACGACGCGCUCAAGGCGUCGGGCUCAUCCAGGAAGCUGCUUCUCUAG